CGUGCCUUAAUACCUCAUUUCCCUCUAUCCACACCGGAGCCAUUCACUUUAAAAGUUUACUAAUAGCAACGAAGGCAACACUGCUCUUGGUCACGUGUGACGUCACGCUGAAGAAGGUCUCCACAUGUCCAUUAAAAGCACGUGGUUUUCUUAAUGGCAGAGAAGACUUUGGAGAUGCCUUAGCCCCGCACGCGAGCUCACUAAAGUUCGCUAGCACUCGAAAACUCCUCCCAUUCCUGCGCCCAAUUAAUUAAUGUGGCCUGGCCCUUUAAGACUCUCAGCACUGGGUCAGUAGGUGGUGUAGCGUUUCUCUAAUUGAUCUUCGCCCAAUCAACAAUAACUCGUUAGCAAUCGCUUACUUUACUUCUUUCUUAAGAUCUGUUUUUUCUGUCCCCUGUAGCAAAUCAGCCCUUGGACAGGACCGUUAUAUCUUCAAAAGAUCUUCAUGGAUAGUGCCUGUAAAGAACGUUUCUGUUCUUAAGAGGAAUACAAUUGUGGCGUUUUGCAUCGCUUCGGCACCAGCUGAAACAUGAUUUUCGGGGAAAAUAGUUAGAAGACUGGCACUGAAGCUUCGAGCGCGACAACAGUGGACAAAACAUUAAACAGAAAUCGGCGAUCGGACAGCUUCAGUGGCAAAAAGUCUGCCUACUAGCGUAAGGACGUUUAAACAAUAACAAAAUAAAAACAUUGUGCAUAUUUCCUGGAACUGCGAUGACCUCCACUAAAGACAUGAAGUCAGGAUCUCUAUUGCAAUCUAAUAACGAAGAGAGGAGAAGGGGUCCUUUGGAUCAGCUUCCACCACCAGCUAACUCCAACAAGCCACUGACGCCCUUUAGCAUUGAGGAUAUUUUAAAUAAACCCUCGAUCAAGAAGUCCUCGUCCAGUCACUGUCCGCCGAGGGUCCUGGAAAAAGUCAGUGGCUCCGGGGCUCCGAGAAACGGCGUGACAACACCGUCCUCUCCGCUUUGCGCCCUGGAGGAACUGGCCAGCAAAACUUUUAAAGGACUCGAAGUGAGCGUCAUCCAAGCCGCCGAAGGUCGGGAACAUCCAAAUGCCUUCGGCCAACGACAGGCCUCAAAAAAAAGGAGAAAGUCCCGUACAGCUUUCACAAAUCAUCAGAUUUAUGAGCUGGAAAAGAGGUUUUUAUACCAAAAGUACUUGUCACCUGCAGACAGAGACCAGAUAGCCCAACAACUGGGGCUCACCAAUGCCCAGGUAAUCACCUGGUUUCAGAACAGGAGAGCCAAACUUAAGAGGGACUUAGAGGAAAUGAAGGCAGAUGUGGAGUCCUUGAAGAAGAUCCCAGCCCAUGCACUGGAGAAGCUGGUAUCCAUGGGGGACCUGGACGAGGCAAAGCAGACUCGAAGGGCUAUCUCCCCAAGUAUUUCUCCCUCAUCACAGGGACUUGGAGUCUUUCCACAGUCUCCUCAGUCUUCAUCCAGAGACCAAACCACAGAUGAGUUCUCAGAAGAGGACGAAGAAAUAGAAGUUGAUGAUUAAAACUUUUUUUUGGUUGGGGGCGGGGUGGGGGAUUAUGUGUAGAAUGGGAUGGCAAAAUUCAAAAUGCAGACUCUAAACCUUUGCUUGCUUUAUUUUCUAUUUUGGGGGAACAAGCUCCACCGAUUUAAAUAGUGGAAUCUUAUUUAUUUAAAAGGACUAUUAUGUACAGCAUAUUAAAAAGGAAACAAAUGGUUUAGAUGUGCUUAAAAAUGAAAAAAAAAAAAAGAAAAGAAUGAAGAACAUCAUUUUAAUGUGUUUGAAAAUGAAACCAAAAUUAUCCAUGGAAUACAAAUCAAAUGAAUUUUGUCCAAAACAAUAAAAGAAAUAGUUCACAGGGACACACAGAACAAAUGAAAGCAGCAGCCAUGUAUGUGUACAUAUAUCAUGCAUUUUAUUCAUUGAGUAUUUUCAGAAAACGUCGUGCAAUCAAGAAAUAUAUAUGUAUAUAUAUAUAUAUAUGAUUUUAAUUCCAAUUUUGGGGUGUACAUGAAGCCAUAAACUCUAACGUAGCUGCUACAAAUUCCUGCAAACCCAUAAAAUUGCAGGGGGACAUAAUUUAAUUUUUCCUUCUUUUUUAAUUUUUAAAAUAUUUUUUUAUUGUUAUGGUCAGGAAGGGAUAAAACUCUAAAUAGCUUGUCAAUGUAAGAGAAUUCUGAAAUGUGUGUUUACAGACAAACAAAUGGCCUGGUGUUUAUAUCGGUAUUUCUUUGGCAUAAAUGUUUACUUGAUUUAUGUUUCUCUUCAGAAUGGACUACCAAUGCAAGCAGUUCGUUAUUAUCAGUGAAAACAAACAAACAAACAAAAAACUGUAAGCCAACAAAUUAUCUCCAAAAUGAUGGCUCACAUCAUUUCUGUAUAUAUUUUGAAUAAAAAUUAAGAGACGAAUUACUUACUAUACGUA